AUGCCGAUCAACAGUGUCGUCUUCGAGCCCAACGACAUUCGCCGUCGCAAGUCGUCAUUAGUACCUUCGACCGCACCUCGCCCUGCGCACCGCCGCCAAAAGACGCAAUGCUUUGUGCACACGCUCCUCGAAAAACCCGACGGAAUCUCGGAAAAGGACUGCAACGUGUCAUAUGAAGGGCUGGCGCAGGAGCGCAUGCUGGACAAGGACCCGCACGGUCUCGCCGACGAAUCGCAUCAUUCGCGCCUCCUAACGAAGAAGCAAAUAUCAGAUAUGGCAUUCGGUAUAAGAGAGCUUUCCAAGAAACUGGCACAGAUACGGAUAAAGCUACACGUGCGCAACAUCUUUAUACUCGCGAAGGCGCAUGACGAGACUUUAAUAAAACACACGCGCGAAACGGUAGAGUGGCUUCUAAAGAAAGAUCCCAAGUAUAGGGUGUACGUCGAAGAAACGCUGGAGCAUAAUAAGCUAUUUGACACAAAGGGCUUGCUGGAGCGGGACUCGUCGUUCGAGGGCAGGUUAAGAUUUUGGACAAAUGAGCUGUGUCACGACAAGCCGCAGACAUUCGAUAUUGCACUGGCGCUUGGUGGCGACGGCACGGUUCUCUACGCAUCAUGGCUGUUCCAGCGGAUCGUUCCCCCGGUCCUUGCCUUCUCCCUAGGCUCCCUCGGCUUCCUGACCAAAUUCGACUACGAACAAUAUCCUCAAACGCUAUCCCGCGCCUUCGAUGAAGGCAUCACCGCAAGCCUCCGCCUCCGCUUCGAAGCGACCAUCAUGCGCUCGCAGAACCGCGACGGCGACAACGACAGACGCGAUCUCGUCGAAGAGCUCAUCGGAGAAGAAAGCGAAGACCAUCACACGCACAGGCCUGACAGCACGCAUAACAUCCUCAAUGAAGUUGUCGUAGAUCGGGGGCCCAACCCGACGAUGUCAAGCAUCGAGCUGUUCGGCGAUGAUGAGCACUUCACUACGGUUCAGGCAGACGGUGUUUGCGUCUCAACACCCACCGGAAGCACAGCAUACAACCUCGCGGCGGGCGGCUCGCUUUGCCAUCCUGACAACCCUGUUAUCUUAGUCACUGCCAUCUGCGCACAUACGCUCUCUUUCCGCCCCAUCAUCCUUCCCGAUACGAUCGUUCUACGUGCUGGAGUUCCCUACGAUGCAAGAACAAGCUCAUGGGCGAGUUUCGACGGAAGAGAACGCGUCGAGCUGAAGCCGGGAGACUAUGUUACGAUCAGCGCGUCGAGAUUUCCGUUCCCGAGCGUGUUGCCGCUGGAUAGGAAGAGUAAGGACUGGAUUGAUAGUAUUUCGAGGACGUUGCAGUGGAAUAGUAGGCAGAGGCAGAAAAGCUUCAAGGAGUGGGCAUCAUGA